AAACAUCAGUGUUAGGAUCCAACGACAGCCAUAAUAUUGGCUUGACCACCCAACACACAGUUGCAGACCUUUCCUAUUCUGGGAUUUACAUGGAGAAAAUUAACUGAAUAGAUAGUCUUUACUUUUUAUUUUGGGAGGGAUUUGAUAUAAUUCAAUUGGAGGCCAUUUCUUUUCAUGGUCAUCACUUGCAUGCAUAGUUGAUUAGAAGGACAAAGGUGGAAGAAAGCACUUAAGGUGCUUUUUUCUUAUAUCUAUAGGGUAUUCUUUGGUAAGUGUGAUGGACUAAUAUUUUGUGAUUCUUGUUGAAUGGGAUUUUGUCUAUUAACGGUUUUAUGUUUUAAGAGGCCAGAGAAGAAGACAAGAAUUUGCAUCUCUUGGUCAGAAGUCAAUAAUGUUGCUUGAGUUAGCUCUCAAAAGCAUACAAAGAAAGGAAUUUAAUUUUCCUCAUGGUUUAAUACUGGUUUUUGUUUUCAAACAUCAACUUCGCUCAAAACAACAUAGGCUUCAAUUGAUAAUAGCCUACUUAUAUCCCCUACAUGUACAUGCCCAUAAGAAGAGUAGUGCCUUGGUCUCUAUCAUCGAUCGGUUGCCAUGUUUAUGCUUCUGGUUGUCUGUGGCUUUCUGAACCAAGCUGCUUUUAGUUUAGCAGAACCCAUCUCCUUCUCGUUCUCCUCUUUUGAUCCAGGAAAUUGUGGCACUGGCAGUAAACUGAUCUGCAUGGGCUCAGUGACAGCAGGUGAAGGGUAUUUGAACAUCACUCCACAACCCCCACAUGAGAAUGAAACUUCACCAACUUCAUCAACAAACAUGGUUGGGAGGGUUUUAUAUCGUCACCCUGUGCAAGCAUGGCCGGCACUUAUCACUACCACCUUCACAGUUAGGAUCUCCCCCUUCCCCAAUUCAACUGGGUCUGGCGAUGGAAUGGCCUUUAUCAUGGCACAGGAUAGCCAACCCUCCCCAGCUGGUAGCUUUGGCUCGUUUCUUGGAAUCCUGGACAGGUCAACUGAAGGUGGGGUUGUUCGUCAGCUAGCUGUGGAGCUAGACACCUAUAUGAAUGAGUUUGACCCAGAUGCUAACCAUAUUGGGAUUGAUACAACAAGCAUAGCGAUUCCAAUUGCAGCAAAGAGCCUAAGUGGCACUGGGGUCGAUCUUAAAAGUGGAAGAGAAGUCAAGGUUAAGAUUGAUUAUGAUGGAUGGAGAGAGACCCUUCACAUUUCUGUUGGGUAUGCAGGGAAUCCUCUUCUGAGCUUUCUCAACCAUUCCAUAGCCUUGUCAGAUACGGUUCCAAGCUCUGUCUAUGUGGGCUUUACAGGCUCCACUGGGACUGUUUCAGAGACCCAUCAGGUCCUUGACUGGGCAUUCACAUCAAUACCGAUAACAUGUAGCUCUUCCAAGUGCAGUGGAAAUGAUAAAACAAAAACCAUAUUGAUCAUUGUUUUUCCAGUCACCGUGGCUAUGUUGGUUUUGGUGAUGUGUGGGAUUCUUUCAGUCCUGAGAGUUGUCAAGAGGAGAAAUGGGAGGAUUGACAGAGAAGAUUUCGAAAGCCGCUCAAGGUCUGCUGCAAAUGUCCCUAAAAUGUUUACUUAUAAACAGCUCUCAAAGGCUACCCACAACUUCAGCAAAGAAAACCUGUUGGGGGCUGGUGGAUUUGGAACUGUUUACAAAGGCAUUUUGUCUGAUCAUCCUUCCCCUAUAGCAGUCAAGAAGAUUUCAGCAACCUCAAAGCAAGGCGAGAGGGAGUAUUUGGCAGAAAUAUGCACUAUAGGCCGCCUGAGGCACAAAAACAUAGUACAACUCCAGGGAUGGUGCCAUGAGGGCAAGCAUCUCCUCCUAGUAUAUGAAUAUAUGUCGAAUGGCAGCCUUGAUCGCUUCAUUGGCCGGUGUUUUCUUGACUGGAAAACCAGGUUCAAAAUAUUAACAGGGUUGGCAUCUGCAUUACUCUACCUCCAUGAAGAGUGUGGCAACCCUGUGGUUCACAGAGACGUCAAGCCCAACAACAUCAUGUUGGAUUCUGAUUACAAUGCUCAAUUGGGUGACUUUGGGCUUGCAAGAUUGCUCCAAAACGACGCCUCGGUUACAACUAUGCUUGCAGGGACUCCAGGAUACUUGGCUCCUGAGGUGGGCUUCACUGGAAAGGCGACACCAGAUUCUGAUGUCUAUAGCUUUGGCAUGGUGGUACUGGAAGUGGUUUGUGGAAGGAGAUCAAGAGGAAUUACAGAGGAGACUAGCUUGGUGGAUUAUGUAUGGAUUUUGCAUGGAAAGGAUGCAUUGCUCCAAUGUGUGGACAGCAUGCUCAAAGGCGAGUUCGAUGAGGAGCAAGUGAAGAGGACUCUAGUGGUAGGCCUUGCUUGUCUGCAUCCAGAUUUUAUGCUCAGGCCUAGGAUGAGGAAGGUGAUUCAAAUCCUUCUCAAUCCAAAUGAACCUCUAAUGGAUUUGCCAGAAGCUCGACCCAGUGGAAUCUUUGUACCAGUACCCUCUUCUGCUGCAACCGUUACUGAUUUCGGCUCCUUUGCUGCCUCUGCUUCAUACUCAAAUGGGAAGAUGGCAGAUGAGACAGAAGUCCAAUACGGCCUGUGAAAAUCUAUACAAGAUAUAUUGAAAUGGGAUCCAUGUUGUUUGAUGCUUCCUUUGUAUUAUUUUCUUGUCAUCAAUUGUUUCUGAGCGAAUUCACAUAUUGUAAAAAAAAAUUCUAAUAAUUGAUAUACACUGUAAUAUUAAAUUAGAUUUUGCUGAUAGAUUUA